AUGUCCAUUGCCCGCAUCGCUUUCGGUUCCAUCACCAGCAAGACUUCGCUCGCUGCCCGUUCCGUUGCCGUCCGUGGCAUCGCUUCUUCUGCCGUCAUGAACAAGGACGUUGUCCAGGAGUUGUAUCUUAAGGAAUUGAAGGGUUACAAGCCUGCUCCUGUCAAGGCUGAUGAAUCCCAAGUCAAGGACCUCAAGCUUCCCCCUGCCCCUGCUGCUCCCACUGUUGACGCUGAUUUGGCCGAGCAAUUGGCUGCUUAUGACAAGGAGCCCGAGGAAGCUACUCAGUAA